AUGGCGGACAAUGCGACGCUGGUCGCCGACCCUCACACCAGCUUGCGGGCGCAAUUGCUCGAGCCCAUCACCGCCGGCCGAUUGAUCGCAACCCUCCUCGUCCUCUUUGUCGGCUCGCUCAUCGUCGACUACACAUGGAAGCCUACCUAUCCCACGUCCAUACCCAUGGUGGGUCAUGGCAGGGGCUUCAUUCCGGGCUUCAAGAACUUCUUCGGCUACGUCUUCCACUAUCGCGACUGGAUCAUCGAGGGGUACGAAAAGCACACCAAGAACGACCGCGCCUUCAUCGUUCCCGCCGCCGUCUCCCGCGCCUACGACAUUAUCCUGCCCCGCUCUCAGACCGCCUGGCUCCUCGAGCGCCCCGACAACGUCGUGUCUGCGCACAACGCCCACAACGACGUGCUCUACUCCGACUACAACUUCCUCGGCAAAGCACACGCGCGCACCAAAUGGUACAACCACGUUAUCCACAGGUCGCUGGCCCGCCACCUGCCAGUCAUCGUCUCCGGCAUUGAGGAGGAGGUCGUGCACUCGACCGAUGCCGCCUUUGGGCUCGACACGGACGAGUUCAAGACGAUCAAUCUGUGGGAGGCGUGGUUGGGCAUCGUACCUCAGGUCACGAACCGCAUGCUGGUAGGCAACCCCCUGUGCCGCAAUGAAGACUUCAACAAGAGCAUGGUUGCCUUUGUGGACGCUGUCAUCAUCAACUGCUUCCUCCUCAACAUGAUCCCCAAGAUCCUGCACCCGCUCUUCGGACCCCUCAUCACACUGCCCAACCGUCGCCACUGGAAGAAGGCCUCGAAGCACAGCAUUCCGCUCAUCGAGCAGCGCCUGCGUGACAUGGCACGGAAGGAGGCCGGCGAUCCAGAGUUCGAGACGUGGUCGCCACCGGAAGACUUCAUCACCUGGUCCAUCCGCCUCGCCAAGGCCGAGGGCAACGUGGGCGAGUUGAAUCCGGUCAACACGUCGCUGCGCCUGCUCCCCAUUCAGUUCGCCGCCAUUCACACGACUGUCCUCACGGGCCACAGCAUGAUCCUCGACCUCCUGACCUCGAACCCAGACGCCGAGUUUAUCGAGGGCCUUCGCGAGGAAGCCGCGCGCGUGCUGGCCGAGGAGGGCGGCCAUUGGACCAAGUCGGCUCUCUCGCGUCUGUAUCGCCUCGACAGCGCCAUUCGCGAGUCUCAGCGACUCAGCAACUUCUCUGCGACCCUCGUCGAGCGCGUUGUUGUCGCCAAGGAGGGGAUCACCAACGAGGCCGAGGGCUGGCACGUGCCGCAGGGGUCGUACAUCUCCUUCAACCUGCAGGGCCUGCAUCACGAUGGAGACAUGUACGAGAAGCCGGAUGAGUACGACGCUUUCCGGUUCAGUCGACAGAGGGAGGUGUACGAGGCGCUGCCGGCGGCGGAAAAAGAUCCUGACGAGGGGUUGAGGUUGAAGAAGCUGGGCAUGGUAACGACGAGCGAUCACCACUUGGCGUUCGGACAUGGGCGGCAUGCGUGUCCCGGUCGGUUCUUCGUGGCGCAUGAGCUAAAGAUGGUCAUUGCCCAUCUGCUACUGAACUAUGACAUUGCCCCCUUCGAGGGCGAGAGACCAAAGCCCAAGUGGGUCGGCGCAACUAUCAUCCCGCCGGUCGAGGUGACUAUCAAAGUGAAGAGGAGAAAGGGCACCGUCCCGCAGGCGUGA